AUGGAGGAUUCUAAUCCAAUCAAUACACUCAUGGAAUGUGGAAUCCAUCUAUCAUGUUGUGAGGAAGGAGAAAGAGUUGAUCCAGCACUCUUUAAAAUCUUGGUUGGAAGUUUGCGAUAUUUAACAUGCACAAGGCCUGACAUUCUCUAUGCAGUUGGAGUUAUCAGUCGGUUCAUGGAGAAACCAACAACCACACACUUAAAGGCAAGAACGAGAAUUCUUCGAUACAUCAAAAGUACGAUAAACUAUGGCCUAUUCUAUUCUGUUUCUGAUAAUUAUAAGUUCUUGGGAUACAAUGAUAGCUAUUGGGGUGAAGAUGUGGAUGACCAUAAGAAUACGGCUGGUUUUGUGUUCUACAUAGGAGACGAUGCCUUCAUGUAA